AGUCAGUGUCGACUGACCUGAUGAUUCCUUUCACACUCGUUUACUCGCUCUCUCACUUUCACGAUGAUCAAAAUCUUUACUUACUUUUGUCUUCUUUCCGGUCUGAGUGUUGUGCAGAUGAACCCUCUGUUCAUACAGGGUCGUGUUGGUGAAAGUGUGACAAUCAGCUGCUCAGACUGGAACGUUUGGACUGAUGUAACAGAGGAUGCCAAGUACUUUUGUUCCAGUCCAUGCACGAAGGACCAACACAUCAUCAUCAAAGCAGGAUAUGGAAAAACUACAAAUAAAAACAGAAUAAAGUUACAUAACAAAGGAAAAACCUUGUUGGUGACCUUCAAAAGUCUCCAAAAGUCAGACUCCGAAACAUACUACUGUGGAGUGGAUAGAACUGGUAAAGCAGACGCAUAUAUAAUGGUGAUUCUUAAUGUCAUGGAUGUCACAACGAGCUCCACGAUGUCUUCUAACAGCUCAGAUGUUUUUACUGAGACGUCUACGUCACACACCACCCUCAAUACAACUACACCUGCUGCACCAGCACAAGGAUCUGAUAACUCUGUUCUAUAUUUGGUUGUAGGUGUUACAAGUGUUCUUGUUGUAAUUACCAUACUGAUGGUCUCACUCAAGCUCAUGAACAUGAUGAUGAAACGGCAAUCAAGUAAGAUUCACAUCAAGAUUCAAUUAAAACACACUUUGCAAAUACGUGUCUACUUCAGUCAAGCUUCUACCAGACAAAUGAACACAUGA